GCAAACACAACAAAUAAUAUAAUAUAUAUAUAAAUAAUCGAAUUACUUUAAUAUUUAUAUUAAAUGCUUAUAAUCAUAAAAUAUAAAUGGGGCUUUAUAUAACUAAUAAGAACUACAUUAAAAUUGAUCUACUUGGAGUCGAACAACUUAAAGCACUAGAGGAGGUGCACGUGACGUCACACGACUCCGCUUAAGAAGAGCCCGCCAUGUUGGUUGCUGUUGGUUUGGUUGUCAUCUAACUCGUAUUUUUUCAAUUUUAAUUUAUUAUGGUUCAUUGCGUAGUAUUUGGUUGCGAUUCCAACCGCGGAAAGCAUAAAGAUCGGUCAUUUUUCCGAAUUCCUACGGUAAUUAACCAUCAAGGUAAAAAAACCGAAGAUCUUUCCCGGCAAAGGCGAACGGAAUGGAUUGUCAGGAUUAACAGGCAAAACUUUACCGAUUCCUCUGUGACGGAUAAUAAACGUGUUUGCAAUAAACAUUUCAUUUCAGGAAAACCAGCAAAGCUGUAUGAUUUAGAAUCUCCAGAUUGGGCCCCAACAAUAAACAUGGGAGAAAGUAGCAGAUCUAAGGAAGCAAGAGCAAGAAAAGAACGAUAUGAACGUGCUAUGCGAAGAAGAAAAAGUAGACAGUGUGAAAAAGUGCAUCAGACUGAAGUUUCUUCCAAUGAAGAAGUUUCAGAAAGUGUUGUAAAUUUAAAAUCAGCUUCAGAUUUGUGCGAUAAUGGAAAGAGUACUGUUUACACGCAAACUGAAAACAAAAAAGGAGUUGCAUCAAUGUUACAAACAGAACUUACUUCCACUAUGAUAUAUAAUUUGGAACAGGAAUGUGAUGCACUUCGGAGAGAACUGGCAACAUUAAAAGCAACAGCCACCAUAAAUGAUUAUUAUUCACUUCAGUCAUUUCAAGGAAAUGAUAAAAAAACAAAAUUUUUUACAGGAGUGAUAAACUUCAAUGUCCUUCUGGCUGUAUUUGACAUGUGUUCUGCUGCUGUUCAACACUCAGAAAAAAGCAAAUUAACACAGUUUCAGGAAUUUUUGAUGUGUUUGAUGAGAUUCAGAAUGAAUUUAUGUCAUCAAGAUCUUGCAUACAGGUUUCAUGUUUCACGAUCAACAGUUUCAAGAAUCCUUGAAAAAUGGACAAAUGUUUUGUACGUUCGUUUGUCUGAUUUAAUUCACUGGCCAGAUAGGAACAUUUUACAGCAAACAAUGCCUAAUGUGUUUAAAAACUGUCUUGGAGAAAAUGUUGCUGUAAUAAUAGACUGUUUUGAAAUUUUUAUUGAUAGACCUUCAUCAUUAAUCUCUAGAGCUCAGACUUGGUCACAAUAUAAACAUCAUAACACCAUAAAAUUUUUAAUAGGAGUAACACCUCAAGGAACAGUAUCAUUUAUUUCGGAACCAUGGGGAGGUAGAGUUAGUGACCAAUAUUUAACUGAGCAUUCUGGCUUUUUAAAUUAUCUCAAUCCCGGUGAUGUUGUUUUAGCUGACAGAGGGUUUAACAUAGCUGACAGUGUAGGUUUCUAUUGUGCAAAACUUCUACUUCCAGCAUACACAAGAGGAAAGAAACAACUUUCAACUACAGACGUGAUGCAGAGCAGAAAACUUUCACAUCUGAGGAUUCAUGUAGAAAAAGUAAUUGGCCGCAUCCGAAAUCAAUACAGAAUCUUGCAGUCUACACUACCAAUUGAACUUCUUACAGUUAGAAUUAAAGAGUCUAUAACAACAAUUGAAAAAAUUGUCACAAUUUGUUGUGCUCUAAUAAAUUUAUCAGUGUAGUUCCAUUUGAUUAAUGAUUUUAAUUUAUUAUUAAACAAUUUGUUAUUCGGGGGUGGAAAUCUUUUGCCUACUGAAGUUCCAAUAAUAUGUAAAAUAAAUAAAUAAAUUUUGAUUAUUAGUCAAAUGAAUUAAAAUAUUUAUGCAAUACUGUAAUACUUUCUGGGUUUUCAUUUUUUGCUUAAAAGUGGAAAUUUUUACAUCAAACUAAAUAAUUUGCUGUACAAUAAAGCAUUUUAUUCUAUAAAAUUUAUACAUUUUCUGAAUCUUUUUGUGAGAGUAGAGCUGGCUGGAAAGAAAAUUUUUUUACAAUUAGCUCUGUUAAAAUACAGUGCACAAAAAAGGCCUUACUUUGUUUCACAAUGCUUGCCCACAACAUCACGUGUAAUGCGUUCAAUGUAAAUGGACUUUUUUGUCCAAACAACAAAAUCACAGUAACUGGCAUUGCAAAUAAACAGCUGAGUUUGAAUUUGAUAAUAGUACACAUGAUCUUUCUUUAGUAUGAAUUUACUCACUAUUUAGAAAGUUUGGAGGGUUUUCUUCUAUAUUUUCAUCUCUUUUACACCAUGGGCACUUAAUUUCUAUCAAACCUGCUCCACAGCAAUUGCAAUUUACGAUUCCAUCCGGUGUUGCACCAAUGUAAGGCCAGGACGAAUUUAAGUGAAGGCCACAAGCUUUCAUACUAAAAUUUUCAUGUUUUUUGUAUUGUAAUCUUUUAUACUCAUCAGAAGCAAUUUGUUCCUGUUCACAACCCCAUGCAGUUGCGGCACUCCUAAAAGAGAAUUCUUUCGGGUAACAUUUAGA